UGAAGAGUGAAGUUCGCGCGCUUGAGUUACCGAGGACGGAUCGCGAGAGAUCACCGUGCGCCUUCGACGCGAAAAUUGUCCCAGUUUUUCGGCGUUGUCGAUGGUAUUCUCGACCGGCGAUCGCGCGUUUCCGGUCGUACUCUCGAAACAUCGUGUCGGAGCAUCGCCGCGCGACAAAUUAGGCUCGUAAUUCUCGUCAAAAUUGUAGCUCGCGAACGACAAUGGUCGCGUCGCCAUCUUGCCAUUGUUAUAUCUCUUCGUGUCGUACUUUGCUCUCCGAAAGUUUGGUGAGUUGUCGAGUUGGAAAUAUUCAGCAACGAGCGAGAAGUGCGCGUGUUAAUCGUAUAUCGGCGAAAUACGCGACGAUCGUGAGUGUUAUAUGUGGUGUUUCGGAAAAUGCUUCUUAUUUCGUCUAGUCAUAGGGUUCUCGGAUUCUUGAGGCCUGAUUCUCGGAUUCUCGAGGCCUGAUUCUCGUAAUCGCGUCUAGAUGGCGCGACGUGACAGUAUUUUUUCCGAACAGUGACUUCGCGAAUUUUCCGAAAUACGCGUGAAAUACUCGACGAGAAAUAAUCGGCGAAGAUCCUCCUGCAGUGACUUUUUUUUCGUCGUCGAAUAUUCAGUGAAAUAUAAAAUAGUGAAGUGUGUAGUGAAAUAUCGGCGACUUCUGAGUGCGAUAAGGCCCUUCGAUAAGGCCUUGGAAAAGGCGGCGACGUGAAAAAAGAGCACCGGUUUUGUUCGCGCGCGAAUAAGCUCUCGCGAUUCUCGCGUUUUACCGAAACGCGUCGAAGAUGUUAUACUUAAAAUCCCGGCGUCGCCGCUCGUCGCCAACGAAAAAAGAGUAACGGGAGUGCAAGUGUGAAGUGUUUCGAAGCUCUUCUACGAGGAAGAGACCCAGGGUCCAGGGCUACAUCGGACAACGGCGGAGCAACUAUAUGAUUUUACAACUCCGCUGUUUUGCAUCGUACGGAGGAGGGAUUAACUGCUGGUGUCGGGGAAUAAGAGUGAAAAUUCCCGGCUACUGAAGUCGGAAAACUCGGAUGGAAACGACGACGAGAGGAAGAAGAAAACGUGGAGGCGGCGACACGCAGAGGGUAUCGAAAGAGAUGCGUCGUCCUGUCGCGUAAAAAAAAAAAAGAAAAAAACGGACGAAGAGGAGAGAUGGACCAUUCGUUGUGAUCUUGUCGGAAGAACGCGAUCAUGGGACCGGAGAGUGUGUUCCUUUCGACGAUUUCACGAAUCUUCUCCUACGUGCGUCGCGAAUAGUUUUCGGGGUUUUCCCGACUCUGUCUCUUUCUUCUUCUCCUCCCUCUGCGUACAAAGCAUAAAAUGACGCAAAAUCUCCACCGAGUGACGCAGGAUUGUGUAAAUUUCAGUAAUCGUACAAGGCAUCUCAUUUAUAUUGAUUAAAUGCAAGAUUUUAUUAAAAAAAAAUUUCAAUAUAUAUUUUUUUAAUAUAGCGGUUCAAUAUUAUCUCGAUUCUGGUUACUCCUUUUUUAUUAAGGAGAAUCCUAAAUGCAAAAUUUUUAAUAAAAAGAAAUUUCAAUAUUUUUUUUUUUAAUAUAGCUGUUCAAUAUUAUCUCGAUUCUGGUCACUCUUUUUAUUAAUAAUAAUCCUAAAUUCUCUAAUUAUCGAUCGCGAUUAUUCGGCAUCGAUUGUAGUAGGCUCAUUAAUUUUGGCAAAGUGUACAAAUUUGUACAAAUUUGGCUCGUUGCCGAAAAUUUAUCGGGCGAACCGAUGGGGUUCCGACCGCCAACGACGGCGAUGAAAACGGAGAGGCGACUUUGGUAGCGCGGUUCCGUCGUGGGAACGAUAACGAGCUCUCUCCGCCGUGCGGCGGCAACGGGGACGAUAUUAAUAACGGCGAUGACGAGUCGCAGGUGGAAUACAGAGCGCAGGAGGUGCGCGGUUCAAUGAGGAAAUUCUCGGGCGCGCGAGGUGCGCCUACCUUGAAUGCUACUAGCAGAGAGAAACAGAGGGGACCGCGUAUUAUGUGUAUGUGUGUGUAUAUACAUAUAUAUGUGUGAGAAAGAGACAGAGGGGACGUUGAGAUGAUGGUAGGGAUAACCGAGAGCGGAACGAAAUAUACCGAGCGAAAACGAACGACGGGCGCAACAACAAAACCGCCGCCGAGGCACGCGGAUCGGAGAAAUAUGCGGACCUUUGUGCGAACAGCUGAACCGGAAGUCGAGCGGACAGCGCGCCUCGUUUAAUCGUCCGCCACCGCCGAUAGGCUCGGUCGGCUCUCAAACGGCCGACUUCGAAGGCGACGGCGUGUCUCGCGCAAUUACAUCCAGAGAUCACAGCGGAAGCGGCGACACGAAGAACAGGCGGAGGAGGAAGAGAAAGAAGAGAGACGUGAGUUUCAGCGAUUCUUCCGGGCGGUGUCGUGCACGCGCGUGUGUGGUGCACGUGCACGCGUGUGACAGUGCGCGGGUGCAAAGGGGGGAGAAAAAAAAGAGAAGAGGAAGAAGAAGCGACGAAGGGUGAAGUAAAUACACGCAAGUGCGAGACGGAGACGCGCAGGAGGAAGAGAAAGAAAGCGGGCCAAGGGGACGACGAGUGUCCUCCGCGCGCGCGCGCGCGCACGAGACGCGAAUUAUGCUGCGGAGUGACGUCACGGUGCGAGUCGUCGUCGUCGUCUCAGGGAUCAACCGGUCGAUCGAAUUCUCCAAAUAGGAUACGCGCCACCGCCGGUGGCCGCGUGGUUCCCGCGGGUGCGUACAUAUGUGUCAGGGCGCGCGCGUGUGCGUCGUGACUGCCGCACGGAAUCAUCGUCAUCGUCAUCGUCGACGUCGUUUGCGCCCGGCCAGGCCGGGCCGGUGAAUCCCCGGCCCCUUCUCCGGAAUCUUCGACCUGCCGCGGGAAACUUUGGAUCCGCUUCGCUUUCCACGGCUGACGUCAUUACCGUUCACAAUGCGCUAGGGGUGAUGGAGACAGUGGGCAAGCAAGUUGUAGGCGGACUGGGGGGUCCGGUGGGUCCGGUGGGCCCAGUUGGGGGAGAUUUGCAUCAUCAUCAUCACCCUCACCCGCACGCCCAUCCUCCGCAUCCGCAUCCCCACCCCCACGGUCAUCCCCAUGGGUCCCACGGUCAUUCGCUCGUCGGCGCGACGUCGAACCCCGGUAGAGGUCAAGCCCAACCACCCGUCUCGCAUAAUCAGCACGUACCUGCGAGAUCCACUCCCGUGCAGCUGCACAGACCAACGCAGAGCUAUGUCAACAUCAAGAGCAGCAGCCCGGUGUCUCCGAGGACGGUAGGAACGGGAGCGACGUACGUGCAGGGUGGCGCGGCCGCGUCCUCCGCGGCGGCUGCGGCGGCGACUGCCGCCGCGACCGCGGGCGGCCCUGCCGUCGUCGCUGGAGUUAGCACCGCGACGAGCAGCGGUAGCAACGGCGGCGUGGUCGGCGUCUCGAACGUCUUAUCUGCAGCGGCGGGUGGCAACAGCAACGUGAACAACGGCAACGCGAACAACGGGGGUGCGAGCAACGGCGGCGGUGGCGGCGGCAGCGGUCCUGGUGGCGGUGGAAACGGCAGUGGCGGCGGUCCUGGUGGCGGAAGCGGCGGUCCUGGAAGCGGCAACAGCAACAACAGCGGCAACGGCGGUGCUGGAGGCGGCAGCGGUGCCACGAGUGGCACCCCUUACGUCACCGUACCAUCGAUGCUCCGUUACAUUCAUUCCUAUCCGCCGACCUCGGUGUCGGCGUCGGCGGUAGCGGCGGUCGUCACCACCGCACCGUCGCCGGCGGCACCCGUAUCCGCACCCGCACCCGUACCCCCUCCGACUCAGCCGACCGUCAUCGCCAGCCAAACACCGCCACCGCCGCUCACCGGGACUGCCUAUGCCGCGAGAGACGCGUAUCGCACCGGUACCACGAACGUGAACGAGAGGAUCGCUAUCAGCGUGAGCAACAGUCCUCUGUCGCAAGUCGGCGUCGGGGUAGUGGCCGAGUACAGCGGCAUGGGAGCCGGCGGCAGAGGCGAUCGGCCGAGGAUAUCCCUCUUGCCGCCUACUGGCUCCUCGGUGACGCCAAUAUCGUCGCCGACCGCGGCUGCCGCGUCCGAGUAUCACACGGCGGCGGCGAGAAACCCGUCGCGGGUUUCAGGCCUCAUGCCCGUCCAACCGGAUCAGUAUUGUACUCGCACCGCCGUCGAUAUGGCCAGUCUGCAGCAAGACACGCCGCCCUUCAAAAAGAUCCGUCUGGGUCAGCCGCAUCAGCAGGUCCAGCAGUUGCAAUCACAGCCGCAGUCGCGCUGUCAGAGCCUGUCGCCCGCGGACCCGUGCGGCGGCAAGCAGGAGCAGCAACAGCAUGUGCAAUUGCAGCAGCCGCUUAGGAUAGACAUCAGGGAGCAGCCUGCCGUGGGUGCAUAUACGCCACAAACGGAAGCCAUUUCGCCUACUCUUCCAGAGCCGAAUACGCAAGAGGAAGCUCUUAGAAGUACCAAGGACGAGCUCUUGCAGCAAAUCGGCAAGGUCGAUAGAGAAAUUGCCAAGAGAGAGAACCAGUUGAAUAUGUUGCGGAAGAGGAUAAAAGAAUUGGAAGAAGCAGCGAAUAAGCCUCUGGAAGCGAGUGGUCUCAAACGUAAUAUUGAGGAACAAUCGCAGCAACCAAAGCAUCAAUCGUUGGCGCAAAAGAUCUAUGCUGAAAAUAGGCGAAAGGCAGAAGAAGCGCAUAGACUCAUGGAAAAACUAGGCCCCAAGAUAGAGCUACCUUUAUAUAAUCAACCGUCGGAUACGAAUGUGUAUCAGGAGAAUCGCACACGCCAUCAAACGUGUAUGCGAAACAGGCUCAUAGCAACGUUGCGGAAAGAUCACACUGAACGUGCAUCUCUUCAUCGGCAACAAACGCAAACGUACACAAUCUUGGUUCAAGAGUGGCAUCGGAAGGUAGAACGGCUGGAGGCGACGCAGAAGAGAAAAUCGAAGGAGACAAAGAAUCGCGAGUUCUUCGAAAAAGUGUUCCCCGAAUUGCGAAAACAGAGGGAAGACAAAGAGCGUUUCAACAGAGUUGGUGCUCGCAUCAAGAGUGAAGCCGAUCUUGAAGAGAUAAUGGAUGGUCUACAGGAGCAAGAGCUCGAGGAUAAGAAGAUGCGCUCGUAUGCAGUUAUACCGCCUCUUCUGUUGGAUGCGAAGCAACGAAGAAUUGCCUUCCAAAAUCGGAAUGGACUGCUCCAACCAGAGGAGUUGGAAGCUCUGCACAGUGAACGUAAAUUGAUCAAUGUAUGGAGUUCCGUGGAGCACGAGUCAUUCAAGGAGAAAUACCUUCAGCAUCCCAAAAAUUAUGGAGUGAUAGCUCAAUCGUUAGAACAUAAGGGCGUUCAAGAUUGUGUACAUCACUACUACCUCACUAAGAAAACGGAGAAUUAUAAACAGCUUCUACGAAAGUCGCGUCAACGAACGCGAAGUUCUCGGAAUAAUCCGAAUAAUAAAGUAAAUAAUACCAGUUCGAGCAUCGGAUCUAUAGAUAUUUUAACGACAGGGGUAACGACGAGAUUGCAGCGGGAGCAGCAAAAGACUCAGGAGAAUCCCAUAGAUAUUUUAACGGUAGGGAUAACGACGAGGUUACAGCGGGAGCAACAACAGAAGACUCAGGAGAAUCCUCAUAAUAGUUCGGUAACAGCUACGUCUACAUCGACAACGAGUACCACGGUUACAUCGAGCGUGUCGUCGACUACUGUUACGACUACGUCGGUUACGACGACGACGACUCCCCAGAGCUCGACAGCAUCGGGCGUUAGCGUAACGGCAGAUUCCACAACGUCAUCAACGACAACGACAACGACGUCAGUCUUGAACACGACAGCGUCGAGUGUCUCGGCGACGUCGACGACGUCCAACGCGAAGGAUUCCAGGGAGACGAGCAAGGAGAACAAGGAGAACAAGGUCGACUCGAAGGAGUCUCAUAAGGAUUCAAAGGAAGAAACGCAAGAGACGUCGGGGAAGGAUGUUAAAGUAAUAAUCGAAGGAAAAGGCGCGCUGUCUUCAUCCACGUCGUCGUUGAACAUCAACGCAACGAAUACUUCGAUUCAGUCGGACUUUAAGGAGUCGAACAAGAAGAAACCAGGUUGCAGGGACACAAGCGGUAAUAGUGCUAAUGUGGCAACCAGUAGUAGAGUGAAGGAUAAGAAGAAGGAGAAUCAUGUUCCCAUGGAAACUAGUGACGAGGAGGCACCGUCGAUCGACGUCGUCGAGAGCGGCAGACAGAUAGGACCUCACGCCUGCACGGUGUGUCAAAGCGUCGUCGAGGGUAGCGCCCACAGUCGCGCUUUACCGCGCAGCCAGGCCUCGCAAUACGGUCUGCGGGAGGAUCAGGUGCCAGCUGGCGCGCGCGUCUGCAACACCUGCAGGUGCAAGGCCGUACGAGGACGUUACACCACCUGCCCGUUACCCGGAUGUCCGAAUUUAAACAGCUCCAAGUCCAGGAUAAAACGGCUGAGAGCGUUGCCCUCCAAAUGGCUCGAUUUACCGCUGGAGAUCCGCGAGCCGAUCGCUCAAGAAUUCCAAAUACCAAAUAAUGCGACGAAAUGCUGCUCGGCUUGCUUCAGUCGUAUAUCGCGCCGAUUGGCGCCACAUCUUACCGGUGGUACCGAAGCCUCCGAAGAUGGUACCGAUGCGCGCCAGUGGACGGACGAGGAACUGGAUCUGCUCCGCAAAGCGCUUCGAGAAUAUGGUACCAAUUGGCCGAAGAUCGCUGAACAAAUACCCGGCAAAACGAGUCAGCAGUGCAAGAGCUACUAUUUCGCUUACCGAAAGAAAUUUAGUUUCGAUCAAGUUGUCAGCGAGCAUUACACGUUGUUAGGCGAGGAACGGAGGCCACCGUACGUGACCGACGAGGAGGAGAGCGGAAGUAGCACUAGUAGUUGCGACGAACUAGCCGUUCACGAUUCGAGUGACACAGCCAGUGCAGGAAGUCCAGCGACCACCAUGACGGGUAGUAACGCGUCAGUGAUACCGAGCGGUGGCUCUGCAACGACAUCAUCGUUGUCUUUUCAGCGUCCUGGCGAGCUUGGAUCGUUGGAAAAACUGGGCGACAAACUGGCGGACGUAGCUGUGGUAUCACUUGUUCCGCCUGCCGGAUCGUCUCAUCAGUCUUCCAGCAGCGGAGGCGCUGCCGCUACAUCCGGUGGUGCUAGAGAGGAUUAUGACAGUUCUGCCACGGAGACAGCGGACGAAGGUCAGGGAGGUGCUGACUUAGAUAAUGGCAGUGUUGUGGUGACUAUGACAACCGCCAGCGGCAAUGCAGCGUCGUUGCAACAGCAGAGCCAACAACAGAGUCAAUAUCAACAACAGCCAUCAUCUGUCACAGCACAUUCGCCUCCUUCAACAACGAGUAAUUCAAAUCCGAUUACCGUAAAGGAUCUCAUGCUAAGCGUCAUCGAGACGUCAUUAAAACGCACUCCCAAUAGUCCGGCCGAUGGCGGCUCGUCCGCGCCUAAUAGUUCCGGCGGUACACCGACGAUAUCCAGUAUUUUGAAAACAGAUCAUCGCAAUGACAUAACGUACGUUCGCGGUUAUAAACCAUCCUCGAGUAUGACAAACACAGCGUUGUCCAACAGAGAUUCAAAUCUGGCAACACUUUCUGUUGUUUCGGGACCUCAUCAUGGCCAUCGAUCUGCUCCUAGUCCACAGCAAAUCGGUCAGAUGCAAGCUACUAUUACUCCCUGCAUACCCGGUGUGCCCACCAGUAGUCAAUCGGAUAUGCUACCUAAGGAAGGCUUGGUUGUCAUGCAAGUGCAGCAAGCGCUUCGAGAAACGGAAGGCACGCUUGACUUGAGUAUCAAAAAACCCCGAUUGCAACAGGAUUACAAUCAUUCGCUUCAAAUUCACAAGCCGACGAUCGCUCUCUAUCGACCAGAACCGCCGCCUGGAGCGUACUAUCAUCCUCACACCACGCCUCAUCUUGAGCAGGGACGCAACGCGAAGAGUCCGCUGGUCUACGCUCCGACGCCAGGCCGACCGCAGGCGUCCAUCACACCGAAGAUGAACAAAGUGCCAUCCGUGCCGCAAUCUCAUCCCAAGCUGUCGCCGAAACUCGGCAGCAUGGGCACGCCGGGGCACAAGGGUGGCUCCAUUACGCAUGGCACGCCUGUGUCCACGGCGCGUUACGAGGGUCUGCUGCGGCAAAUGACGCCGCCUGGCAAUCCGCCGGUAAGCGCCGCAAACGUCAGCGAACGCAGCGGCUCCAUCAACGCCAGCUCUACCGGUCCGGGUCCGCCGAAAGAGAGCGGCGGGGGCUCGAUUACUCAGGGUACACCCGUACUUCCGUUUGCAGUGGAUAAACGCGGCACAUCCGUUUACGACUAUCAUCGAGGUACCAUUCGACACUCGCCCGUCACGGGUACCGGCAACGUACUGCCACCACCUCCAGGACAGGGUCACGCGAGUCAAGCGACAUCAUCGGCGGUGGUGGUGAGCCACAGUGGUAAUCAGUAUAACUCUUAUUCCACUGCCGGCCGGCUACCGCCCAACUACACGACGGAACAGCAAAUGUCCAGACAGAUCAUCAUAAAUGAUUAUUAUACCAGUCAACAAAUGAAUCAACUCACUCGUGGUGGUAGUAGCACUGGCGCGUCCGUCACCAGCGAGAUGAUAGGUAAGAACGAGCCUCCACCACCACCACCACCAUCGUCGACUCUCUAUUACGCCAGCACACCGCCUCCACCUCCUCAGACGCAUACGCAGCCGCGACAGGGUGUUAUUCAAAGGCACAAUCCGCAGAAGCAGAUGCAUUAUCCGCCACAGCAGCAACAUGAUGCACUAAACAACUUGGUUGAGGUGGCGAUUAAGCAGCCUACUCUGCCAGUGCCGCAUCCACACAGUCAUCCGGCUGCGUCGGGCGGUGGUGGUCACGAGGGUCUUGGUAAAACUAUGGCAGAUCGUCUAUUGGCUGAUCGCUAUGAUAAUAAUCGCGCGUUUCAUGAACAAGAGAUACGGCUACAGGAACAUCGUAUGGCCGCCGAGCAUAGACUCGCGCAGCAUCAACGCGAGCGGGAGAGGGAACGCGAUAUCGUUCAUUUGCGAGAGAAGGAGGAGCAUCGUCUGCAUCGCGAGAAGGAAUUGCAGCAGUUUGAACAUCGUCUUGCGGUGCAGCAGCAUCAUCAGCACCGUGAGAAGGAGUUUCAGCAGCAGGAACACCGUCUCGCGCAGCACCGAGAAAAGGAUAUGCACGAACAUACUCGUCUUCAGAUUCGAGAAAAGGAUAUCCAGCACGAGCACCGACUCAUACAUCAACGAGAGAAGGAGAUCCAGCAACAAAUGGCGGCGGCGCAACGCGAGAAGGAGCACGAGCAGCACCGAUUGGCCGUGCAUCAGCGCGAGAAAGAGCUACAGCAUCAAGAACAGAGACUUGCCAUGCAGCAACAACGUGAAAAAGAGAUCCAGCAGCAUGUCGAGCGUCGUCUGGCCGCGCAACAAGCGCGGGAACGUGAGCGAGAGAUGGUGCAAAUACAGCAAGCUCAACACAUUCAGCAACACAUUCAGCAGCAACGUUUAGAACUCGAAAGAAGACACAUAGCCGCACAGAUAUUCAGAGACCAGCAGCUGGAGCGAGAUUCGUCGAGACUGUUGAGCAGCGGAUUCUCGCAGUCCUCUCGAAUUCAGUCUCAACAAUCUCAGCAGCAGCAGCAGCAGCAGCAACAAUCAUUGCGUCAGAGUCAGUCCUCCAGUCAACAGAACGAUUCGUCGUCGACCCUUACAGCCGCCAGUCUAAUAGACGCUAUCAUAACGCAUCAAAUCAAUCAGGGCGUUGAUAGUGCUAGUGGAAGUUCUUCGAGCAAUCAGCCGACGCGUGCUGGCGAUCGUCUUUUCCAGGGUUUGCAUCGCGAUCCUCCGCAAGAACCUAACGGCAUAGCCCAUAGUCCCGCCAGUGAAGGGAGCGGGGGUGGAGCAAGCGGCAACGGAAGUGGCUGCAGUAAAGCGAUGACUCUCGGCGAGCAUGUCGAGCACAUUAUAUCUAAAGAUUACGGCCCACCUCACUCGUCAUAUAGACCUUACCCAUAUCCAAUCUCCGAUGAUCAAUGGAAAAGACGGAAACACAACGAGCCAGACUCGGUGAAGACCGGGGACGAGCGUCAGAUAAUACGCGUCGCGCAGCAGCAGCAACAGCAGCAGACGCAACAGCAGCAUCAGUCAUCGGGAAAGCAACAAUACCAUUCGGUCGAGCCAGUCUCCCCACCGGAGACGACCGCGAAUCACUACGGACGUCGCUUUUACGAACCGAGCACUGCCACAUCCACUUCCGGAACUCCCUCCAACAAGUCGCAUCUAUCGCCGUUUGAUUACGUGAAGAACAAGAUUGUCGAGGUGAUGCGCACCGAGGACGACAAGGCUGGCGGCGGUGGCGGCGGCGGCGGCGACACCGCGGGCUCUGACAGAAACGGAGGCGGCAACACCUCGGUUGUCGCGACCGAGAAAGACGAGAAGGGUUCGGGGAACGUUGAUAGAAGUCCAGGUGGCGGCGGCAGCGGAGCUGGAAGUGGCGGCGGUGGCGAGUUGGUGAUCGACGAGGCGGGUGGUCCACCUACCCGCGAACAGCCGCCACCAGCCCCUGCAGCCACCACCUUUUAUCCGUUCAGCGCUUUAGGAGUUCACACCGGUCCACCGCCGGCCCCGCCACCCGCCUCCGCUACAUCCGUCUCCGUGAGCAAGUCGGAACAGAUGCAGGCCGAGCCAGCGCCCCUGAUGUCGGCGCAAUACGAGCCGCUCUCGGACGAGGAUUGAUAAUUUUCUCUGUCUAACCGCUCAGCGCUCUAUAUCUAGACUUUACGUUAGCAGCGGCACGCGCUAGCACGUUGAUUAUUACGGAUUUACUAACGCAGAGAUGCAAAUAACAUACACGUUUCCUAGGAUAAUCAUAUAGGUCAUAGGUGAUCGUCGGUUGAACGAUGAUUGAUUAUAUUGGACGAUUUAACGACGCUUUUCAAGGCUUUAAUUCACGAAAGCCGCACUGCGUUCUCUUAUAUCGAUCGCCAAAUCCUAAUCUAAAUUAAGAGACUUCUUUUUUAUAUAUACGCAUAUAUAUAAAAUAUGUAUUCAUAUGUGUAU